UUUCGGGAAUGCAAAAACAUCGUCUGCUGAUUACCAUCGGCUUAGAUUUUAAUAUAAAUUGCCUCACGCCUAUGUUUGUUAUUAAUUGCAGCACAUAAAUAGACAGUAGUACGAUACAAAAAAUAAAAUGAUAACUCUACGCAUUUUGACAAGAAAUAUAACACCCCAAAUAGUAACGUCAACGCAGCAUUUGCAUUCGUCAAAAGUAUCAUUUAGUGCCGAUUCUUCUGAUUCUGAUUCAUCGGAUGAUGAGAAAAAUAAAAGAAAAAUUGUGGCAUCGAAUAGUGUUGCAAAGAAAGAGCCACGUGUUGAUCGGUUGAAUGCAUUAUUACAAACGAUGACAAUGAAUGCGAAGACCCCAUCCAAAGUUGAUAUUGCAGUAAAACCGAAAAAAAUAAGCAAUGCCAGAUCCCAACUGUCAAAGAAAAAUGAGAAAAUAGUUGUCAAUCUAUUUGAAAAGAAAUUGACCGGCGCAGCCAAAGAUGUAGCAGCAACUUUUGGAGGGGAUACAAGCAAAACUGAAUCAGAGUUGUUGAAAAAAAUCUUGACUCCAAAUAAAAGUUCUGAAGAACCCAUGGAUUUCAGUAAACUGGUGAAAGGAAUGAACAUAGAUCGCAGAAAACCCCAAGAAUAUCAAUCAAACAGCCGGGCAGACCAGGUUCAUGACAUAAUACAAAAAACUAAACAAAAUGCUCCGAUCCAACAACAGAUGAGUAGGCCCAAAUUCAGCGGACAAAGUCGUAAAAAAAUACACAUUAAUGCAAGAGUUACCGUUGAUUCGGGAAACCCAUUGGGUAUUUUCGAAGUGGAUCCUGAAGCUGUGGUCGAUCCUAACAUACCCACUCUCCAGACUUGGGACCAUCUAGAGAAGCGGGAUCUAAAGCUCUUAGUCACUCAUCCUCCUAUUCAUUUUAUUGACCAAAUGAUUCAGUGGACCGAACAGGGAAAACUCUGGCGAUUCCCUAUUGAUAAUGAACAAGAUCUAACCAUCGAUCAAGAGGAACACUUUUCCGAUCACGUCUUCCUGGAACCGUAUUUAGAAGGCUGGUGCCCAAGGAAAGGACCCAUCAGACACUUUAUGGAAUUAGUAUGUGUUGGGCUAUCUAAAAAUGCAUUUAUGACUGCUCAAGAGAAAAAAGACCACAUUAUGUGGUUCAAAGAGUACUUUGACAAGAAACGGGAUCUCCUGACGGAAUUGGGAGCUUAUGGUACAGAGAAAAACAGUGAAGAAUUAAAACAAGUCGAAGCAUAAACAGUUGUAUUUUAUGAAGUUUCACCCAUCAAAUAUAUUAUGUAACUAUGAUGUAGUACGCAAAUAAAAUUCUUCAAGAAAGGAAAA